AUGACACUAACAACACUGCGGUCUGCCGUCACCCGAGGCUCCUUUGCCAAGAGAGAGCUCCGAUGGCUUCAAAUCCGUUCCCUAGCGACGCAUUCGUCGCAUGUUGCCAUGAGUCCACUGGAACCGUACAACCCUCUCAAUUACGGUUCACAGCUCCAAUCCCUGCGGCGCGUUCGAGGCAUGAACAAAAGGCCACUGACCUUGACCGAGAAGAUACUCUAUAGCCAUCUUAUACACGACCAAGAUGGCUGGGCGUUUGACGAAAUUGAACGAGGCAAGACGAUUCUACGCCUACGACCCGAUCGCGUUGCGUGCCACGAUGCGACCGCAACAAUGGCAAUCCUACAAUUCAUCAGCGCCGGUCUUCCGCGAGUCCGAGUCCCGACAUCCGUACACAGUGAUCAUCUGAUCGUGGCCGAGUACGGCGCCGAACAAGAUCUUGCUCGAGCCUCCAGCGAUCAUGGCGAAGUCUAUGCGUUCCUCAGCAGUGCCGCCAAGAAGUACGGCAUUGGGUACUGGAAGGCUGGUGCUGGCAUCAUCCACACAACAAUCUUGGAGAAUUAUGCCAUUCCUGGCGGCUUGAUGAUAGGCACCGAUUCACAUACACCAAAUGCUGGCGGCAUGGGCAUGCUUGGAAUCGGAGUCGGUGGCUCAGAUGCCGUCGAUGCCAUGGCUGGAAUGCCCUGGGAGCUGGUCUGCCCCAAGGUCGUGGGCGUGCGAUUGACGGGCGAGCUCUCUGGAUGGAGUUCCUCCAAAGACAUCAUCUGUAAGCUCGCCGGUAUUCUGUCUGUUUCUGGAGGAAAGGGAAAGGUUAUCGAGUUCUUUGGACCCGGCACUCAGACCUUGGGGGCCACAGCCAUGGCAACUCCUUGCAACAUGUCGGCCGAGGUUGGAUCAACAUCUUGCAUCUUCCCCUACUCUGAAGCCAUGGCCCGCUACCUUUCAGCAACGAAGAGAGGAGAUAUUGCGAAAUACGCCGACACCUUCAAGCAAGUAUUGCUCAAUGCAGACCCCGGAAGCGAGGAGUUUUACGAUGAGGUUAUCGAGAUCAACCUUUCAACGCUGGAACCUCAUAUCAACGGCCCCUUCACACCUGAUCUAUCACAUCCCCUCUCCGAGUUCAAGAAGCACGUCGAGGAAAGUUCAUGGCCUUCAAAGAUCAGCUACAGUAUGGUGGGGAGCUGCACGAAUAGCUCAUACGAGGACCUGGAAAAGGUUUACACUCUCGUGACACAGGCCAAGGAAGCGGGCAUGCAUCGAACCAAGACACCUUUUAUGGUCAGCCCAGGUAGUGAGCAGAUCCGUGCCACGGCGGAGGACAGCGGGAUCCUCGGAACCCUCCGGGAUGCUGGAGCUGUUGUUCUAAGCAACUCGUGUGGCCCAUGCGUCGGGCAAUGGGAUCGAAAGGACGUCGACAUUGCGGGAGCCGAGAGCAACUCGGUCAUCUCGAGUUUUAACCGAAACUUUACUGGUCGUCAUGAUGGAAACCCAGCAACUCAUUCUUUUGUCACCUCUCCUGAGAUUGCCACAGCUUUUGCCUACACAGGAGACCUGACGUUCAACCCUGCUACGGAUUGUGUGUCCUUCAUUGACGAGUCUGGUGCCCCAUCUGAGUUCCGCUUCACACCACCAGCAGCCAACGAACUUCCUCAGAAUUUCUCUCCCGGAAACGACCUGUAUCAAGCCCCAGUUCUGACAGACACGUCUGGAUACAAGGUCGACAUCGACGGGGACAGCGACAGACUACAACUUCUGACGCCUUUUCAACCGUGGCAAGAUGGAAAUGCACAGGAUAUGCAAGUCCUCAUCAAAGUCGCCGGAAAAUGCACGACGGAUCACAUAUCGCCAGCAGGGCCGUGGUACAAAUAUCGAGGCCACCUUGAAAACAUUAGCAACAAUAUGCUGCUUGGGGCUACCAAUAGUUUUCUCGCUGAUGCGUCGUCUCUCAGCAUGAUUGGCAAGGCCAAGAAUCCAGCAAACGGCCAAAUUCAACCCGUGCCCCAAGUUGCGAGGGAUUUGAAGCAGGCCGGCAUCAGGUGGUGCAUCAUUGGCGACAACAACUACGGAGAGGGCAGUUCGCGAGAACAUGCCGCAUUGGAGCCUCGACAUCUAGGUGGUGUUGCUGUCAUUGCCAAGAGCUUUGCUCGAAUUCACGAGACGAAUCUCAAGAAGCAGGGCAUGUUUCCUUUGACAUUUGCGGAUACGAAAGACUACGACAGGAUUUCCGAAGGUGAUGUUAUUAGUCUGCUGGAUGUGGAUGGGAGUCAUCUUCAACCUGGCAAGCAGGUCACAAUGGAGGUUAGAAGGAAAGAUGGUACUCGAUGGACUACGCAACUCAACCACUCUUAUCAUGCCCAUCAGAUAGAAUGGCUAAGGGCUGGAAGUGCAUUGAACUAUAUUAAACGGUCGACUCUUGCAGAUGAGAUAUAG